AUGGAUGAUAAUAAUCCAGAUUCACCAUUUGUCAUUGAGGCUAUUUUACAAAAAGCAUUUACUAAAGAAGAAUUGCAAAAUCAAGACAACAUCAAAUUUGGUAUCACGGUAGCACUGAUAUUUUUAGAUCUAACUUAUGAUCAGGUUGAGAUUUUGUCCUCAAAAUUUAAAUGUAAAGAAUCAUUAGAAGAUGACGGAAUAGAAGAACCGUUAGAAGAUGAUAGAAUAGAAGAACUGUUAGAAUAUGACAUAAUGGAUCAUAACGGUAACGAAUCAUUCGUAUUUUCUGAUAAUGAGUCUGAGGAUUCUAAUGGUCAAGAGAGCGAUUCAUAA